AUGAGGGGCUGGGGCCUGGGCUGGCGCGGCCAUGACAGGCGCUGCGUGCUGGUGGCUACAUCCAUGAAUCGUCAAUAUAGCAAUGACGAGUGCUUCAGACAAGUCAUCGGAUUUGAACUCGCAGCCGGGGACAGGGCAUCCAACAACGACCAUGGUGUCGUCAUGAAUAAACACACUCCUCAGUGUCAGUUUCGGGACACGUCUCCUACCCGGACCCAUCCCAAAACCACCUUUUCCGAAGGGGCAAUGCCUGUGCUGCUGCAGCGUAUCUCAGACUGCUGUAAGUUGAAUGCUGAGUACCAGAGAAGUUUCCAGAUGGUCAGAGACAAACUGAGAGAAAACCCUGACAACAGACAGUUUGACUUCAGUGAGAACUACAUCUUCGGGAAGUUUGAUGCUUUCUGCAGGCGUCUGGAGAAGAUCGGCGACAUGGCGUCUUCGCUGGAGAGCCUGGCUGCUCUGCAACACAUGAAGGUGGAGGGCAUUGAAAAGAUUUACGUUCGCUACCAGACCAUCGUCUCCACAACCACGUCCAAGACCUACGACGUGCUGGACCACCGCAAGCUGGAGUUUGACAGUGACUAUGCAGACUUCCAGCUGCAGGUUCACAGUUUGUUCCAGUCUCUUCAGUCUCUGCUGGACUUUUGGUGCCAUCAGCCUCUCAGCGCGGAGCGGAUGCUGGAGCUGCUGGAGGUGUUCGAGUCGGGUCCUUCAGCCGGUCUGGACCUGAGGAAGAACUACAUGCUGUUGCUGCAGCGCUACAGCCGAGAGCUGGAGCUGCUGAAGAAAACCUACCAGAGACAGAGAGAAAGCCCCCCCAUCGGACGCAACCUACCCCCGGUGGCAGGUAGGAUCCUGUGGUGUCGUCAGCUCUUUAGGAAGUUAGAAGCUCCCAUGUUGAUCCUGAAGAAGAAGCUUGACUUCCUAAAGGGACCAGAGAUGACUAAAGUGAUCCGGAGCUACAACAAGAUGGCUAUAGUGCUGUUGCAGGACGAAGUGCUUCACCUGCAGGGGUGGAGUCAGGCUGCAGGCAACACACCGCACCGCCUGAGCACCGCCCUGCUGGUCAGGCAUGAAAGCAGCAAGGAGUUUUUUGUGAACCUGGACCCAGUAGUGCUGGAGGUGCUGCAGGAGGCCCGGUGGAUGACCAAACUGGGGGUUACCGUGCCGAAGGCCGUCCAAAAAAUGACCUCCAGAGAAGGACAUGUCAAAGCGCUGUACAAGCGGCUGCUGGAUCUGCUCCAGGACUACAGCUCGGUGUUAGCCAGGAUCCAGCCUCUCCUCUGCCCUCUGAUGCAGCCCUUCAUCGGCCGCGUGGAGGCGGCUCUCUCACCGGGACUCAUCACGUUGUCCUGGGGCGCUCUCAACACGGACACAUUCAUAGAGAGCGUGUCCCUGGCUCUGAAGGACCUGGAUCAGAUCUCUAAAGCGGCCUCAGACCUAUUGGAGUGUCGGGUUGAGCGGCUGUUGCAGGAUAUGUCGUCCUGCCCUCUGCUGCUGCUACCUGACGCACCCAUCUCUCCUCAGGACCUCCUGCUGCAGACAGACAGCUCAGCACAGGCUGCUGCUGCCACCCUCAGCUGGCAGAGUCAGCAGGUGGAGAGGUAUGUGUUUGAGCUGAUUGCAGAGCUGAAGGGGAAGAUGAACAUGGCAGAGUCUGUCAAUCUGGAGGGAUCUUUUCAGUGUCUCCAUCCAGACUCCAAGCAUCAGACUCGCUGUCAGUCGUGUCUUCCGUGUUGUUUCUACAACCUGAUUGGUCAGCUGUGUCAUCGCAACACUGAAGCCCUGGUCAAAGCCACCAAAUCCUCUCUGGCCGCCCUGAAGAGGAGACUUUAUGUUCAGCCGCCGUCUUCCUCUUCUUCCUCCUGCAGCCCAUCAGCUCCUCCUCCUCUCUUCAGAGCCAGCAUCCAGCUCGCCAUCCCCAACAUCGUCCUCAGACCCAGCCUGGACGACAUCCAGAGUACGCUGAACAGGCUGCUGAGCGUCAUGCUGUCUGUGACUAAAGACAUCCCUCUGUGGACGUACUGUCACCUGCAGUACAGACAGCAGCAGGUGGAGCAGGCGUCAGGGAGGGACGCAGGAGACGACGUCCCGGUGAAGCCGCCGGUGCUGAGGCCUCUGGACCGACAGCUGGCCGAACACAGGGACGUCAGCAAGUUGGUUUUCCAGCUCACUUCCAUCGUGUCUUCUUUGAGACCCCAGACUGAGGACACUCUGAAGAAACUCUCCCACUUCUCUACUCUGUGGAACCAGGAGCCAGAGGAGCAGGUGCAGAUUUUCCUGCAGUCCGAGCCCUCGCUGCCAGAGUUCAGCUCUCAGAUCUCCUUCUACUCGAAGCUUGAGGAGCAGAUUUCUGAGCUCCCGGGGUUUUACGAUGUGGGUCCCGUCCUCUUCGACACAGAGCAGCUGAAGCUGGCACUGACUCAGGAGGCUCGUCUCUGGAAGCGAGCCCUCGGCGCCGCGCUCAACCGACGAGCCUCUGCUGACAUGAACAACGUCUUCUCCUUUGUGGACGGAAUGACGAAGCGCCUGAUGCGUCCAAUCACAGACCUGGAGGAAGUCCGAGAAACCAUGGCAGCGCUCAGAGAGGUCCGAGAGGCGGAGGUGCGUCUGGACGCUACCAUCGGCCCGGUGGAGGAAUCCUUUGCGCUGCUCAACAAACACGAUCUGCUCUUCAGCGAUGGGAACACUGAGCGUGUGGACGGCCUCACGUACGCCUGGAGCAACCUCUCCGCCCUGGUGGUGCAGAACCAAAACACUCUGGUGAGGAUCCAGCCCAGCAUGAAGGCCGACCUGUUGUAUGCUGUGCAGAGCUUCCAGAGCCAGGUGCAGAGCUUCUGCAGCGAGUACAGCCUCAGCGGUCCGGGGAAGGAAGGCCUGUCUCCAGCUGAAGCCAGCGAGCGGCUUCAGAGUUUUCAGGCUGAGUUUGAUCAGCUGUGGAGGAAAUACACCACCUACUCUGGAGGAGAGGAGCUGUUUGGACUGCCUGUUAAAGAGUACCCGGAGCUGCAGAGGAUCAAGAGGGAGCUCUCUCUCAUGUCCAAACUUUACUCUUUGUACAACUCCGUCAUUGAAAGCGUCGGGGGCAACUACGACAUCCUGUGGGCCGACCUCAACAUCGACAAGAUCAUCACCGAGCUGCAGGACUUCCAGAACAGGAUCCGGAAGCUUCCCAAAGCGUUGAAGGAGUGGCAGGCCUUCAGAGAUCUGAAGAAAACCAUCGAUGACUUCACAGAGACCUGCCCUCUGCUGCACAUGAUGGCCAACAAGGCCAUGCUGCCACGGCACUGGUCUCGCCUCUCUGAGCUGACGGCUCACUGCUUCCAGGUGGAGUCGGAGAGUUUCUCUCUCAGAAACAUCAUGGAGGCUCCGCUACUCACACACAAGGAAGACAUCGAGGAUUUGUGCAUCAGCGCGGUUAAGGAGCGCGACAUUGAGGCGAAGCUGCAGGAGGUGGUGGGGGAGUGGAGCAGCCACACCCUCAGCUUUUCCUCCUUCAGGACGAGAGGAGAACUCCUGCUGAAGGGAGCAGACGUGGCGGAGAAAAUCUCCAUGAUGGAGGACAGUCUGAUGGUGCUCACCUCACUGCUCAGCAACAGGUACAACGCUCCCUUCAAGCCCUCCAUCCAGCUCUGGGUGCAGAAACUCUCCAACACCUCGGAGAUCGUGGAGCGAUGGCUGUCGGUGCAGAACCUCUGGAUCUACCUGGAGGCCGUGUUCGUGGGGGGGGACAUCGCCAAGCAGCUGCCGCAGGAGGCCAAGCGCUUCCAGAACAUCGACCGGGCGUGGCAGAGGAUCAUGCAGCGUGCUCACGAGCAGCCCAACGUGGUGCAGUGUUGUGGGGGGGACGAGACGCUCGGCCAGUUGCUCCCUCACCUCCUGGAGCAGCUGGAGUUCUGUCAGAAGUCUCUCUCUGGUUAUCUGGAGAAGAAGCGUUUGGUGUUUCCUCGUUUUUUCUUCGUGUCCGACCCCGCCCUGCUGGAGAUCCUGGGACAGGCCUCUGACUCGCACACCAUCCAGGCACAUCUGCUGAGUCUGUUUGACAACGUUAACAGAGUCGUCUUCAGCGAGAAAAACUACGACCAGAUCAUCAGAUUUCAGUCUCAAGAAGGGGAAACUGUGGAGUUGAGGCAACCUGUCCUGGCACAGGGGAACGUGGAGGUGUGGUUGGGACAGCUGUUAGCAGGGGUGAGGCAGACCCUCCAUACUAUCAUCCGUCAGGCCCACCUCACCCUGAGCGACCCCGCCUUGAAGCUCCUGGACUUCCAGUCUGCGUUUCCUGCUCAGGUCGGCCUGCUGGGGAUCCAGAUGAUCUGGACCCAAGACGCAGAGGACGCACUCGUCCUCAGCAAGUCUGACAAGCAGGUCAUGCAGAAGACCAAUCAGAAGUUCCUGGACCUCCUCAACGAGCUGAUCGACAUGACGACCCGGGACCUGAGCAAAAACGAGAGGACAAAGUACGAGACGCUCAUCACCAUCCACGUCCACCAGAGGGACAUAUUCGACGAGCUGGUGCGUCUGAACGUGCGGUCUGCUUCAGAUUUUGAGUGGCAGAAACAGUCGAGGUUUUACUUCCUGGAGGAAACGGACAGAUGUGUGAUCCAGAUCACAGAUGUGGAGUUCAGCUACUGCAACGAAUACCUGGGCUGCACGGACAGACUUGUGAUCACCCCGCUGACGGACAGGUGUUACAUAACUCUGGCGCAGGCUCUGGGGAUGAGCAUGGGGGGUGCCCCGGCCGGUCCUGCAGGAACAGGUAAGACGGAGACCACUAAAGACAUGGGUCGCUGUCUGGGUAAAUACGUGGUGGUUUUCAACUGUUCAGACCAGAUGGACUACAGAGGGCUGGGACGCAUCUACAAAGGUCUGGCUCAGUCUGGAGCCUGGGGCUGCUUCGAUGAGUUUAACCGCAUCGAGCUGCCCGUCCUGUCCGUCGCCGCGCAGCAGAUCUACGUCGUCCUGCAGUGCAAGAAGAACAAGAAGAAGCAGUUCAUCUUCAGCGACGGCGACGUGGUGGACAUGGACCCCGAGUUCGGCAUCUUCCUCACCAUGAACCCUGGGUACGCCGGUCGACAGGAGCUUCCUGAGAACCUGAAGAUCCAGUUUCGCACGGUCGCCAUGAUGGUCCCCGACCGUGCCAUCAUCAUGAGGGUCAAACUGGCCAGCGCAGGUUUCCGUGACAACCAGGUGCUCAGCAGGAAGUUCUUCACCCUUUACAAACUGUGUGAGGAGCAGCUCUCCAAACAGGUCCAUUAUGAUUUUGGCCUGAGGAACAUUUUGUCGGUGUUGAGGACGCUGGGCGCUGUGAAGAGAUCCAACCCUUCAGAACCGGAGAAGACUGUGGUGAUGAGAGUCCUGAGAGACAUGAACCUCUCCAAACUGGUGGACGGGGAUGAGCCUCUGUUUAUGAGUCUGAUCAAUGACCUGUUUCCUAGUAUUGUUCUGGAUAAAGCUGGGUAUCCAGACUUGGAGUCGUCCAUAUUGAAUCAGGCUCAGGAGGCCGCUCUGAUCCCUCACCCUCCCUGGAUCCUCAAACUGGUCCAGCUCUACGAGACGCAGAGAGUCCGACAUGGGAUGAUGACGUUGGGUCCCAGCGGGGCCGGGAAGACCUCCUGCAUCCACACGCUGAUGAGGGCCAUGACCGAGUGCGGCUCCCCGCACCGCGAGGUCAGGAUGAACCCCAAAGCCAUCACAGCCGCGCAGAUGUUCGGCACGCUGGAUGUCACCACCAACGACUGGACCGACGGCAUCUUCUCCACCCUGUGGAGGAAGACCCUGAAGGCCAAGAAGGGUGAAUACGUCUGGAUCGUGCUGGACGGCCCGGUGGACGCCAUCUGGAUCGAGAACCUGAACUCUGUUCUGGACGACAACAAAACUCUGACGCUGGCGAAUGGAGACAGGAUCCCCAUGGCUCCCUGCUGCAAGAUCGUCUUUGAGCCUCACAACAUUGACAACGCCUCCCCGGCAACAGUAUCCAGGAACGGGAUGGUGUUCAUGAGCUCCUCGGUGCUCGGCUGGAGCCCUGUUCUGCAGGCCUGGCUGCAGAAGCUCCCGGAGCAGCAAGCCGACGCCCUGAGACUCUGCUUCACGUCCUGCUACCAGGACUUGUUGGACUUUGUCUCCACGGCUGUGUCUCCCAAGAUGCAGGUGUUGGAGUGCAUGUACAUCAGGCAGACCAUUGACCUGCUGCAGGGUUUGCUCCCUGCGCUCGAUGAUAAACAGGGUUGCCAUGGUGACCUUGGUCGACUGUUUGUGUUUGCGGUCAUGUGGUCUCUGGGAGCGGUGCUGGAGCUGGAGGACAGAGCCAAAAUGGAAGCCUUCCUGAAGCACCACAGCUCGUCUCUGGACCUGCCGCUCACUCUGGACGAGCAGACCAUCUUUGAGUUCACCGUCAGCGAGCAGGGGCAGUGGGAGCACUGGUCCAACAAGGUUCCAGAGUACGUUUACCCCAAAGAUCAUGUCCCAGACUACUCGUCCAUUCUGGUCCCAAAUGUGGACAACGUGAGGACGAACUUCUUGCUGCAGACCAUCGUCAAGCAGAGGAAGGCUGUGCUGCUGAUCGGAGAGCAGGGCACCGCCAAGACCGUCAUGAUCAAAGGCUACACCAGCAAACUGAACCCAGAGCAGCACCUCAGUAAGACGCUGAACUUCUCGUCAGCCACGCUGCCCGCCAUGUUCCAGAGGACCAUCGAAAGCUACAUCGACAAACGCAUGGGCGCCACCUAUGGGCCGCCGGGGGGGCGCAGGAUGACCGUCUUCAUAGACGACAUCAACAUGCCCGUCAUUAACGAAUGGGGAGACCAGAUAACCAAUGAGAUUGUGCGUCAGCUGAUGGAGCAUGGAGGCUUGUACAGUCUGGAUCGCCCCGGGGAGUUCAUCACUGUGGUGGACGUUCAGCUGGUGGCCGCCAUGAUCCACCCGGGCGGCGGUCGCAACGACAUCCCCGAGCGUCUGAAGAGACACUUCUCCAUCUUUAACUGCACGCUGCCCUCCAACUCCUCCAUCGAUAAGAUCUUUGGCACCGUGGCUCAGGGACACUUCUGCCCAGAGAGAGGCUUCCCGGUCGGGGUCUGCGCCCUCGCCUCCGCCCUCGUGCCGACCACCAGACGGGUGUGGCAGGCAGUGAAGGCCAAGAUGUUGCCGUCUCCUGCUAAGUUUCACUACAUCUUCAACCUGAGGGACCUCAGCAGAAUCUGGCAGGGCAUCCUGAAGGUGAGGUCGGAGGUGUGUCAGAGCUCUGCGCUCCUCUCGGCGCUCUUCCAUCAUGAGUGUUGUCGAGUGAUCGCCGACCGCUUCAUCGACGACAGCGACAGAAAGACCUUCAACGGCAUCAUGGAGAAGAUCACAGUAGAGGAUCAUGGAAAAGCUGUGAUUGAGCACGCUCAGUGGGACAGCUUCUUCGUAGACUUCCUGCGUGAAGCUCCAGAGGCGACGGGAGAAGAACCUGAAGACCGCGAUCUGGAGGCUCCAAAGGUGUAUGAGCCAAUCCCGUCACUGGACGCCCUGGCAGAGCGGCUAUCUGUUUUCCAGCUGCAGUACAACGAGACGGUGAGGGGCGGAGCCAUGGACCUGGUCUUCUUCAUGGACGCAAUGACCCACCUGAUGCGGAUCUCGAGGAUCCUGCGGACGCCGCAGGGGAACGCCCUCCUGGUUGGGGUGGGGGGGUCAGGGAAGCAGAGCCUAACAAGGCUGGCGUCGUUCAUUGCAGGAUACCAAACUUUCCAGAUCACUUUGACGAGGUCGUACAGCAGCAGUAACCUGCUGGAGGAUCUGAAGACUUUGUAUCGUAUCGCUGGUCAGCAAAGAAGAGGAGUCACCUUCCUCUUUACUGACAACGACAUAAAGGAUGAGGCCUUCCUGGAAUACAUGAACAACGUGCUGGCGAGCGGAGAAGUCUCUAACCUGUUUUCUCGUGAUGAGCUGGACGACAUCUUUCAGGAUCUGAUUGCUGUGAUGAAGCGGCAGCACCCCCGGCGACCUCCGACCUCAGAGAACCUGUACGACUUCUUCCUGUCCCAAGUGCGAAGCAACCUCCACGUCGUUCUCUGCUUCUCGCCCGUCGGGGAGAAGUUUCGGAAUCGAGCGUUAAAGUUCCCGGGCCUGAUCUCGGGCUGCACCGUGGAUUGGUUCCAGCGCUGGCCCCGUGACGCCCUUGUGGCCGUGUCGCAUCACUUCCUGUCCCAGCACCACGACCUGCGCUGCUCGGAGGACGUUAAGCAAAGCAUAGUGGUUACCAUGGGAACCUUUCAGGACUUGGUGGCGGAGAAGUGUGCCGAGUAUUUUGAGCGUUUCCGCCGCCAAACGUUUGUGACGCCAAAAUCCUACCUGUCCUUCAUCUCCAGCUACAAGGUCAUCUACGCACACAAGAUGGCCGACGUUGGCACACUGGCAGAGCGCAUGAAGACAGGUCUGUGUAAACUGAUGGAGGCGGAGCAGGCUGUGUCUCUCCUCUCAGAGGAGCUGCAGCUGAAGGAGCAGGAGCUCGCCGUUGCCUCCCAGAGGGCAGACGAAGUCCUGCAGGAGGUCACGGCCAAGGCUCAGGCUGCGGAAAAGGUGAAGCAGCAGGUGCAGAAGGUUAAGGAUAAAGCUCAGCUCAUCGUUGACGAGAUUGAAGCUGAUAAGGCGUCUGCAGAGACGAAACUGGAGGCUGCUAAACCAGCACUACAGGCUGCUGAGGACGCAUUACAGACCAUUAAACCGGCGGACAUCGCCACGGUGAGGAAACUGCAGAAGCCCCCUCACCUCAUCAUGAGGAUCAUGGACGCCGUGCUGCUGCUGUUCCAGAGAAAGAUCGACACGGUGACCGCUGACCCGGAGCGGCCGUGUCCAAGACCUUCAUGGGCCGAGGCCAUGAAGCUGAUGCAGAACUCCUCCUUCCUCAGCCUGCUGCUCAACUUCAGCAAGGACUCCAUCACAGAGGAGGUUGUGGAGCUGCUCGCUCCCUACCUGGAUAUGGAUGACUACAACCUGGAGUCGGCCAAGAGGAUCUGCGGCAACGUGGCGGGGCUCUGCUCCUGGACUCAGGCCAUGGCCGACUUUUUCGCCAUCAACAAGGAGGUGCUGCCUCUGAAGGCUAACCUGGCCCUGCAGGAGGCCCGUCUGGUGGUCGCUCAGAGUGAACUCGCUAACGCUCAGGAUCAGCUUGACGCCAAACAGAGGGAGCUGGACUCAGUGAAGGCGCUUUACGACGCUGCCAUGAAGGAGAAGCGGGACCUGGAGGACGACGCCCAGGCCUGCCGCCGCAAGAUGUCCAACGCCACUGCUCUGAUCGACGGGCUGGGGGGAGAGAAGGUGCGUUGGACCGAGAGCAGCGCCGGGUUUGAGACACAGAUCAAGCACCUGGUGGGGGAUGUCCUUCUGUCCGCAGGCUUCCUGUCCUACGCCGGGCCCUUCAACCAGGAGUACCGCAGUCUACUGCUGGAGCUGUGGAAGAAAGAGAUGGAGGAGAGGCUCAUCCCCUUCAGUCCUGACUUGAACGUGAUUGGCUUGCUGGUAGACAGCACCACGGUGAGCGAUUGGAGCCUGCAGGGACUACCCAGCGACGACCUGUCCACCCAGAACGGCAUCGUGGUAACCAAGGCGUCCCGCUAUCCACUGCUGAUAGACCCCCAGGGCCAGGGCAAGACCUGGAUCCAGAACAGAGAGCGGGACCAGCAGCUGCAGGUGACGUCUCUGAACCAUAAAUAUUUCCGCUCUCACCUGGAGGACAGUCUGUCUCUGGGGCGCCCCCUGCUGCUGGAGGACGUUGGGGAGGAGCUGGACCCCGUCCUGGACAACAUACUGGACAAAACCUACAUCAAGUCUGGAUCAACUUAUAAAGUGAAGGUAGGAGACAAGGAGGUGGAUGUGAUGAAGGGCUUCACGCUCUACAUCACCACCAAGCUGGCCAACCCGGCGUACAGCCCUGAGGUCAGCGCCAGGACAGCUGUGGUCGACUUCACUGUCACCCAGCGAGGCCUGGAGGACCAGCUGCUGGGGAGGGUCAUCCUGCUGGAGAAACAGGAGCUGGAAGCAGAGCGAGGAAAGCUUUUAGAGGAAGUGACAUCCAACAAGAGGAAGAUGCAGGAGCUGGAGGACAGUCUCCUGUUCAGGCUGACCAGCACCCAGGGGUCCUUAGUGGAGGACCAGUCUCUGAUCGAGGUGUUGAGGGUCACCAAGACUACUGCUCUGGAGGUUAGUGAGAAGCUGACGGUUGCUGCGGAGACAGAGCUGAAGAUCAACCAGGCGAGGGAGGAGUACCGUCCGGUGGCCACCAGGGGGAGCAUCCUGUACUUCCUGAUCGUGGAGAUGUCGCUGGUCAACAUCAUGUACCAGACAUCUUUGAGGCAGUUCCUGGGACUCUUUGACUCGUCCAUGCUGCAUUCUGCCAAGUCACCGCUCACCUCCAAACGCAUCAGCAACAUCAUCAGCUUCCUCACCUACAAGGUUUACUGUUACACAGCCAGGAGUCUGUUUGAGGAACACAAACUGCUCUUCACUCUGUUGCUGGCUCUGAAGAUUGACCUUCAGGCCCAAAACAUCUCGCACCCCGAGGUGCUCACCUUCGUUAAAGGUGGAGCCUCUUUGGAUCUGAACUCUGUGGAGUCCAAACCGCGACGCUGGAUCCUGGAUCAGACUUGGCUCAACCUGGUGCAGCUCUCCAGCCUGCCGCCCUUCUCCCAGGUCCUGACCCAGGUGAGCCAGAACGAACGCGUCUGGAGGACGUGGUUUGAUUAUCCAAUGCCAGAAGACGCCCCACUGCCUGAUGGGUACGAGGAGAAGCUCGACACCUUCCGGAAGCUUCUACUCAUCCGAAGCUGGUGUCCCGACCGAACCACCGCUCAGGCGCGCCGCUACAUCUCAGACGCUCUGGGUCCACAGUACGCUGAGGGUUUGGUUCUGGACUUAGACGCCAUGUUGGCAGAGAGUGACAGCAGGACGCCGAUGGUCUGUCUGCUGUCCAUGGGCUCCGAUCCGACCGAAAACAUAGAGAGGCUGGCCAAGAACAAGGGGGCGCCGUGCCGGCCAAUCUCCAUGGGGCAAGGCCAGGAGAUGCACGCUCGCAGGCUAUUGGCCGGCAGCAUGACGGACGGAGGCUGGCUCCUCCUCCAGAACUGUCACCUGGGGCUGGACUUCCUGCCAGAGUUGCUGGACACGGUCGCCACAGCGAUGGCAGACAGCGUGCACAAGGGUUUCCGUGUGUGGCUGACCACAGACGUGCAUGAGCGAUUCCCCAUCACCUUCCUCCAGUCCUCCAUCAAGUUCACCAAUGAACCUCCUCUGGGGAUGAAGGCAGGUCUGAAGAGGACUUUCAGUGCUGUCACUCAGGACCAGUUAGAGAUCAGCAACCUGCCUCAGUGGAAACCUCUGCUAUACGCCGUGGCCUUCCUGCACACCACCGUACAGGAGCGCCGUAAGUUUGGUCCUCUUGGCUGGAACAUCCCCUACGAGUUCAACCAGGCAGAUUUCACCUCCAGCAUGCAGUUUGUGCAGAACCACCUGGACGACCUGGACUCCAAGAGAGGAGUCAACUGGAGCUGCCUGCGCUACAUGCUGGGUGAGGUGCAGUACGGCGGCCGGGUGACAGACGACCUCGACAAGCGUCUUCUGAACACCUUCACCCGUGUGUGGUUCAGUGAGAGCACCUUCAGCGACACGUUCUGCUUCUAUAAGGGCUACAGCAUCCCGGGAAGGGCCAGGACGGUGCAGGACGUCCUGCAGCACAUUGACACCCUGCCGCUGGUCGACUCGCCGGAGGUUUUCGGGCUCCACUCUAACGCUGACAUCACCUACCAGACCAACCUGGCCAAUGAGACGCUCAGCACCAUCAUCAGCAUCCAACCAAAGGACUCAGGGGCCGGGGCCGGGGAGACGAGGGAGACGAGCGUACAGAGACUCGCCGCCGAGAUGCUGGAGAAGCUGCCGCCGGACUACGUGCAGCACGAGGUUAAAGGUCAGCUGAAGAAGAUGGGUCCUCUGCAGCCAAUGAACAUCUUCCUGCGACAGGAAGUGGAGCGCAUGCAGUGCGUCAUCAGCUGCGUACGGAGCACGCUCACCGACCUCAAACUGGCCAUCGACGGCACCAUCAUCAUGUCGGAGGACCUGCGGGACGCUCUUGACUGCAUGUUUGACGCCCGGGUCCCGCGCCUGUGGCUGCGGCUCAGCUGGCCGUCGGCCACACUGGGCUUCUGGUUCAGCGAGCUGCUGGAGAGGAACCUGCAGCUCUGCGGCUGGAUCAGCAGUGGCAGACCCCACCAGUUCUGGCUGACCGGCUUCUUCAACCCUCAGGGUUUUCUGACCGCCAUGCGCCAGGAGACCACGCGCUCCAACCUGACCAGGGGCUGGGCCUUGGAUACUGUCACCCUUAGCAACAAUGUCACUAAGAUGAUGAAGGAGGAUGUGAUGGCUCCACCCUCUGAGGAAGUGGGCGGGGUCUACAUCCAUGGCCUCUUCCUGGAUGGGGCAGGGUGGGAUCGUCGCAGCGCUAAACUCUGCGAGGCCCCGCCCAAGGUCCUCUUCACUCCCCUCCCUGUGGUUCACGUCUUCGCCAUCAGCUCAGCCAACAUGGUCGACAGCAGGCAGCAGCCCGGCGGCGGUGGGGGGGCGGUCAGCCUGUACUCGUGUCCGGUCUAUAAGAAACCGCGGCGCACCGACCUCAACUUCAUCUUCUCCCUGCAGCUGAGGAGCUUGCAGCCCGCCGAGCACUGGACCCUGAGAGGAGCCGCGCUGCUCUGCGAUUGCAAGUGAUGCUGCAGCGGCCAUGUUUGUAGUCUUUAAAGAACCAAAUUUGCACAUUUACUAGUUUGAGCCUUUGAGCUACAGUACAACUCGCAUACAGUGUACUUGGUCCUCUAUAAUCCUCAUCAUCAGGUUUAAGAUGGAUCUUUUGUUUUAUUUUUAGAAAAUAAUAACUAUUUCAAAAGAGCAGAAACUCGAUGCACUUUAAUAAGCUGAUGUAACAAAUUCAACGCAAACUCAUAAUGGGAAAAUACUUCAUCAUUCAGUAUUUUUUAUUAUUAACGGUUUGGUAAUUUCAAUAAAAAUAUAAGUGAUUUGUGUGAAAUGAGAAGGAAUUGUGCCCAAAUAAUAUAUUAGUUUUGGCACAUGUAAUCUGAUGUAGUUUUACUUGUUGUUUACUUCCUGCAGUAGUGAGGAUGAAAACUGUUUCAUUUGCUAAUAAAUUGCACAAUAUUAUCUGUUAUCAUUUCUCAGUAUAUAAUCCUUUAAUCACGAGUAUCAGACGUCUAGCAAGUGUUAAGAGAAUGCCACAGCCUCAUCUGAUCAGUUGUAAUUUAAGUCUCCUGUUGGACCAAGACAUCAGACCCUGUCACACGGAUCUAUAUUCAAGCAUUCAUCCAUCCAGAUGCUCUGCUAGAGAGAAGUGAGUUUUGACAUAACUAUGUAUCUGCACAUUAUGAAACAAACAUGACUGUGGGAAGUCCUUCUUUAACUGUUAAAAAUAAAUAAAGUGCCCAUCC